UCUUCCCAGCUGUGCGGAAAACAAAACAAGGCAGGCUGCGACAUGCACCAUGAUGGACGAGCUGGUGCAGGACCUGGUGUCUGCGCUGGAGCAGAGCUCGGAGCAGAGUAAGCUGGGGGAGCUGUGGGAGGAGAUGGUCCUGAGCCCCCUGCAGCAGCGCCGCCAGAUCCGCCGCCGCAGAGGCCGCAAGCGCUUCCGCUGGAUCGAGGCGUCGGAGUCCAGCCUGGACGAGGCCCGGGACUACCGGGACAACUCCUCUUCGGCCUUCGCCGCGUCCGUGGCCACCUACAGCGACUCCGACGAGGUGACCGCCACCAGCCGCUGGCCGUCGCUCCUGAAAGGCCCCGUCAGGACGAGGCAGCCGUCCUGGCCCGAGUCGGACUCCUUCACCGAGAACAACCCGGGCCGGCCGCUCAGGAGGCGGAGGAAGGUCAAACGCAUGACCUCCGACGUGACCAUCAGGCUGCAGCAGAAGCUGAAGCUGGGAGGGGUGGACAGGAAGCGGAGGCACAGGCCGGCCCGGGUGCAGCACAUGGCGGGAUCCAAGAAGAGGUCCGGUGGGUGGAUGGGAGCAGACCGGCAGGCCGAAGGAGCCAGGCGGAUGGGGAAGAAGUGCUGGAAGAGGAAGAAGACGAAGGAACACCGAGAGGCUGCAGAUGAGAACAUGUCUGAAGGGGAAACCAGCAGCACAUGCAGCAGCGAUCCCGGUCUGUUCACCAAUGAUGAAGGAAGACAAGGUGACGACGAGCAGAGCGACUGGUUCUUCGACAGCGACUGCGGCGUGGGCUCGGGCGUGGCCGGCCUGCUGCCCGGCUGGGACUCUGACAGCCAGCUGUCCCUGGAGGACAGCCGCACCCUGCCCACCUUCCUGCAGCCCACCCGGCCCUCCUACAGAGGCUAUCACUCACGCCUGAGACGGCUGCGCGACUCGGCCGCCUGCUGCAUCAGGAAGGAUCGGAGGCGGAUUCCCAGCAAGGGCGGCAGCGUGCCGGUGUUCGUGGAGAGGCUGAGACACUUUUCCCAGGAUCCUUACCAGAGAGACUUUUGGCUGCCUUCUGUUGGGAAACGAGAGCGAAACCAGUUGAACCCUUUGUGCCGAUUGCCAGUGUGUCCCAUUGACCUGGUGCCCGAGAGCCCGCAGCCCCGAUGCUCGUCCUCGGCCUUCAGGAACAGGCAGAGUAAUGUCACUUCAGGUCUGCUGUGCACAGGAGAGAUGAGGAAGCGCCGGGAAGCUCCAUCCGUCUCCUCUUCAGCGUUCAACCCGUUUCCCGUGGAUCAACAGAGGGGGGAGGCGUCGGCGCCGAACCGGGAGCCCGGGGGACCGAAUCCAGCCGGAUCACAGUCCUGCACUUCGGUUCGGCCCAGGAGUUCGUCUCCGCCCCGGGGGGAGCAGCAGGACCCCUGAACGAGGCCCGGCGCCGCCGCCAGACUGUGACAAAAGGAAAGCUCCCGUGCCCUCCAUGAACAGACUCCUCCCGCCGCACAAACUUUAUAAGAAGAAGAAGAAGAAGAAAAAAGAGAAAUAAAAAGCACAUCAUUACUCUUCAAAUCAGCAUGUUACCGCUAGAUCCACUCCUUCCAGGUAGUAUAUUAAGCAUGACAAAUGUUAAUGCAAUCAAGCCUUGUUAAUCCCUGCGCCAUCUCCUCGAGGAAGGAGGCGGCUUCGAGAGGCUCUCGGUCUGACGGUGGACUCGGCAGCUCCUCCGCGGGGCCACCUGCCGUCGCGCCCGCUCCGCCGGCGCAGCGUUUGUCAGCAGGAGCGGCGGUCAGGUGAGGCGAGGCGGCGCGCCGCUCGCCCCGACACGGGAGCGUCGCAGCGUUUUAGCCACACCGCAUGCCGCCGCCGCGCGCCUUCAGAGAGGCGACCACCGGUAGCGAGCCGCACAAAGUACAGGCCUCCUAUUAGCAUGGGUUUGAAACGCGACAGUCGGUACAGAGGUGCUCAUUAGCACAACACAGAGGGAGCGUGGCGCCGGCUCUCGGAGGGCCGCCUCUGUUCUCUCCAGGUCGCCUUCUAUAUUCAAAUCUCCCCUCCGACGUAUUUAAAGUUCAAGGCCGGCUUGCGAGUCUGUUUGAACAGGCGCGCAGGAAGUGGACGGACGCCAGCAGCGAGGAGUCGGAGGAGCUCCGGAAAGAGGCGCGAAGCGGCCUCCGCCGUGUUUUCGCUCACCCUUGGGGUGAACAUCUCCCCGGCUCCCGCAGCAUCACGUGCAUUAACAGAUCAAUGGCGGCGUACAGUCAGAUCAAACCCGGUAAACAGGCUGGGCUGUUGGAAAACUGUGUUCAGCAGAGGCUUUCAGUGGGAGGACGAGUCUCUCUGACGGGGGUUUGACUCCAGCCCUCCGGCCAAGCGGCUCAUUCCGCCUCACUGCUCCAGGUUUCUGGAAAAGUGGCCGUAUUUGGUAACUUCCUCAUUCCUUCCUGUUUCUUCCAUAGUAAUAAUGAUAAUAGUUUGUGCAACAAAAUUCGACUCGUGCUUCAGAUCUUUCAAAUGUUCACAGAAACACUAAUGUGUUUCUCCCUCUUUUACUUUGAAAACCACCUCUUACUCCCAAAUAUGAUCCACAGUGACACCAUGUUUAAUCACAGUGCCAAUAGGGACAUUGUGGGCUUGUUUAUCAGCCUUUAUUUUUAAAUAAUUCAUCAAAUUGUAGGACUGGUGAGAGUUAAUCAGCUCUUACAGAUCAGCAGUAAAGAAUAUUUUCCACUUGGAGCAUUUUUAUCUCAUAACUCAUACAAUAAGUAUUUUAGUGCAAACCCUAUGAAGGGUUAAUGUUAAAGUCAUUAUUGUUCACUGCUGUUUGGAUCCAUACACCCUUUGUUCUAAGUUAUAUCUGUCAAAUCAAACAUUAUCUUUUGUAAGUGUUGCAUUUCAGAUUUUGAGUGACUGUAAUUUCAUAAUUUCGCUUCUUACCAGACUUCCGUCCCUCCACCUAACAGUGUUUCGCCUCAUGACAAACAGAUCUACUGCAUUAUGCAAGUAGAAAAGAUAUUUACCCUUGAAAUGUCGAAUUGAAUGACAUGAAAUAAGGGGGAAAAAAAAAAUCAAAAAUCAUUAAGACCUCAAAAAGCAACAGAUAUGCGCUUUAUGGAGAAAUUACAAGGUGUCUUUUCAGUGAAAUGAAGCAGAUGAUCACCGGCCGCAUAACGCAGGUCUUUCCGGACACUUUGAGGCCGUAUUCAGGAGAAGAGUUUGAUAGAAUGGGAUUUGCCAAUUAACGUGAGUUAUAUGUCUGCAAUAAUCCGUCUGAGGAAGCUUUAUGUGAUCAUGUUGGAGAGGGAUGACAUUUAUAAAUGCUGUGUGUGCACCCCCAGUCUAAAUGGAUGCCUCGCACAAGACAUCCUGCCACAGAAAUCAGUCAAAGUGUUGAGGCAGAGAGCACCCCCCCCCCCCCCCACCCCCACCCUUCCUCCUCCACCACCACCCUCCUCCCCUCCUGCAGCCUCACCAGGUGGUUCGGUACCUGUCGGCUCCUCCCAGGCUUUUGAAGUUGAGGUGUAGUUUUAUGGGAGAGCGUCAGAAAACAGAUAUAAGAAGAUAAAAGCAACAAAAUAUGCUUUUCAUUUCAACAAAUGCAACAGUUUGUUUUUUUGUUGUUGUUGUUGUUGUUGUACGACAGCGGUGCUUGGAGUCACUGGAAAAAAAAACCCACAACUUUUUGGAAACAGCUUCCAAGGUGUGAAUUUUUGAAAAUGCUAGAACAAUGUCAACCUCCAAAUGUCAGGAUUCAGGUUUCAUUCGUAUGCUAAUGCGGCUGGUUGUAAAAGAGGAGAGUGCCGGCUCGCGACCCCUCAGAAAAUCGCCGCCUGACGGCUUCUUGAAGACGUUUUUCUUGAGCCUGCUGACGAGUUUGGACUGCGCUGUGUUUUAAUGGGGGCGCCGCUCCGCUGCUGCCGUUGGCGUUUCGGUGCCAGAGCAUCGACAGCUUCAGGUACACUUCCAUUAGCGGGAGGAGGGAAAUCAUUUAACUGCCACCGCGGUAAUUAGCAGUCACUAAAGCCACGGCUUAGCCGGACCUUAUGCCCCAAAAUGAAUUUCCGAUGGCGAGGAAACGGUGGGGGGGGGGGGUGGGUGGCGGCGGCGGCGUCCAUGCUACCAGUCAAUUGUCCUGUUACAGUUAAGGAAUCCAGCGGGCUCGUACCACUCAUAUUUCAUCCCAGGUAAAGAUUACCUGUCAGACCCAUGGGAGAUGUAUUGAUCUGUUUUCCUUUUUCCGCCAGCAAUCACCUGACAAAGGCACCUAGGAGGCGAGUGAAUGAGUGAUGCCCGGUCCGCCCGCCUCGCCGCGGCCGCCGCCGCUGUCCACUGAUGGGUGGAGAGGUGAUGAGGAGGAGAGCAGAUAAUGCAGUCAUAAACUCUGCUUGAACCUCCUCUGUAUGCAUGCGCCCCCCCCUUCGAGCCCCGGGGUCGCAGGUCACCGGGGAAUUAGCUUUUUUUUUUCCUGCUUUCUUGUCCGGCGGCGCGGCGCGGCGCGGCGUGCGCUGAUGGCAGAGACACAUGCAAACGAGCCGCCGUGGUUCCUGCUGACAAACGCAUGUUGGGAGUCACCCGAGUUCAACUCGCUCUGGAUCUCAGAGGCGGUCCGGCGCCAUCCGGCCUCCCGCGGUCUGGCGUGGUCCCGCCACCGUCGCCGUGGCAACGCAUCAACACAUUUUACAUAGUUUCCUUGGCAGCUACGUAUAUUUAUAUAUUUGCCUUGUUCGGUGGAAUGUCAGAGUUGAUAUUAUCCAUGAAGCCAUGCAUUCAAAGUGAUUGCACUGUAUAAUACAUGUGGUAUUUAUGAUGUGAUAAUUAUUACACCCAUUAGUCCAGGAUUUACGUCCGAGAACGUUUAAAUUCAAUUUCACGAUAGAUAGUGCAGUAGAUAUGUGUCUCUAAUUUUUUUACUAUCAUAUUUUUUAAUUUCAUUUACAGGGAUUUAAAUAUAUCUCCCUGAUAUCAGGGUUUCGAGGCAGCUACCCACAUUCGAUAUGUAAUACAAAUAGCAUCUUAUCUGGUGGGCUGUUAUCUUUGUGUUUAAUAGCAGUGGAGGCAUGCCUAAUUGCUUUGCAAAUGAUCUUGAAGAGGAUUACUCCUCCCUCAGAACGGCUGCUGCACGUCACCAGACGCUAGAGAGACGUUACAGUGGUAAAAUUCAAUCAGACCGGCGGCGCCGCUUUCUUCUCCAGGCUCGACACUUCUGCCAAAACACACUCGAAGAAAUAAAGUCAACAUGCACUGAGGUCGUAUUAGAAGUACAGUUGUAGUUGCGCUCCGGUCAGUUUUCUUAGCGAUAGAAGUGGGAGUUUUUAAGGAUGUCUUAUAGCUUCAUGUCAUUCGUGAUGUUUUAUUCAUUUGUCCCUGAUAGGAAGAAAGAAAUGCAGUAUUCACUCAAUCCAAGUAUCAGAUGUGUGUGUGCAAUAAACGCGUUUCGGUGAUUAAAGUUGUGUGAAAUGUUUGUGUGGUCUCAGAUUU